AUGGGCUCUGUUGCGGAAGACAAGUCUCACUCGGAGAAGCCAGUUACCGUGUUGGUCACAGGGUUUGGGCCCUUCAAGCAGGAGUACCCCGUCAACCCCUCAUGGGAGAUCACCCGCUCUCUUCCAGAGUGGCUUCCCCCUCUCCGCGCCAAGACCGCCAACGUCAUAACCCCUUCCUCACACCACCCUGGCGCCAGCGCGGGACCCGGCUCCACUAGCACCACUCCGGCCCCGGCGCCGGUGGCCAUUCCGCCAGUCCGCAUCACCGUGCACCCAGAACCGAUCCGUGUCAAUUAUACGGUCGUGCGGGACUUGGUGCCCAAGCUAUGGAACAGUCAACAGACAGCUGAUCCUCCAACAAGCCCAGAAGAGCCCGCUAUCACACCUGGCGAAGGUGAAAAGCCCCAACCCACAUCCACACCCGCCGAACCCUCGCAGCCUUCUCUACCGGCAGCCGGUCCGGGGCCGGACAUCGUCCUGCACAUCGGCAUGGCCGGCCCACGCUUGACGUACGCGAUUGAACGUCGUGGCCACCGCGACGGGUACCACAUGCGCGACGUGGACGGCCAGCUGCUGCAGGACGACGAGCGACGAGCACGCGAGGGCAAGGAUUGGGUGUGGGAUGGUGUGCCGGCGGAGCUUCUGACGGCUUUUGAUCCUGAAGAUGUGCUGCGGAGGUGGAAGAUGCAUUGUCCUAAACAUCUGGAGUUGAGGGUCUCUGAGGAUGCAGGACAUUAUCUCUGCGAUUUUAUCUAUUUUUCUAGUCUGGCCCAUCUGUACAAGACGGGCCGACGGCGGAAUGUGAUUUUCUUGCAUGUGCCGUGUGAUGCGUCGGAGCAUAUGGUAACUCUUGGGCGCGAGAUAGUGUUGCAAUUGAUUCGCUCCAUUGUUGAGAGCGAGUGGGCGAAACAUGGAAAGAUCAUCAGAGAAGAGGAGAGCAAGCCGAUGGAGGUAUCAAUUGAGAUGUCAUGA